UUUUAUAAAACUAUGGUGUUUGGCUGUACAUACUAAAUGAUAUAAUAUGGUUAUAGUACAGUAGUUGUUAGGUUUAAAUAUCAUUCCUGGUUUCUUCUUCGCAGCUGCGCAUAAGUAGUCUUUUAAAACAAAUUUUUGGCGGUUUUGAUUAAUUUGUGCCAUCGUCAGCUUUUAAACAUGUAUGAGGAAAAACUCGCACGCAAAAAUCUACAUGGAUUAAGUUCUUAGAAGAUUUUACUUCGUGAAUCGUGACCCGCUACCAUUAACCAGUUUCUGUUCUGUAAACAUCAGGCUGAAGAUUAAAAGUAGUCGUGGAGAGCGAGGUAAGGAGGUGCUGGGGCGCUGUGUUAACAGAAUCCACGAGGCAGCUGAGAUGAGCGCAUCGGAGCUGGAGUCAGAACAGAGCGCAGAUGUCCUAACAUGCCUCCCCUGACAUAACACGACCACCUCUGCACUCAGAUGAAGGUUUGCAGUCAAAGCUGAGGAUGGCUGGAGAUUCUCGCGUCCACAUGGACCACGACAUGGAGAUAGGAGUGACUCCAAGAGAGCAGGUGAAGAAACUCCCCAAGCACAUGAGGGAACCCCAGAUCCCUACAGAUCGCACUCACCUCAUCUCCGACCCUGUUAAGAAACCUCGUCAGCGCUAUGUUCAGAAAGAUGGCAAGUGUAACGUUCACCACGGCAACGUUCAAGAGACAUACCGGUAUCUCAGCGACCUUUUCACAACGUUGGUUGACUUACGCUGGCGUCUCAGUUUCUUCAUUUUCACCCUGGUCUAUGUGGUCAACUGGCUCUUCUUUGGAUUCUUGUGGUGGCUUAUUGCGCUUAUACGAGGAGAUCUUCAACACAUCGAUGAGGAGGGCUGGACCCCAUGUGUGGAGAACCUCAACAAUUUUGUCUCAGCUUUCCUCUUCUCCAUCGAAACGGAGACCACCAUUGGUUACGGCUACCGCGUCAUUACAGAGAAAUGUCCAGAGGGGAUCAUUCUUCUGUUGGUACAAGCCAUUUUGGGAUCCAUUGUUAAUGCCAUGAUGGUGGGCUGCAUGUUUGUGAAGAUCUCACAGCCCAAGAACCGGGCGGAGACAUUGAUGUUCUCCCACAAGGCUGUGAUUUCCGUGAGGGACAACAAGAUGUGCCUGAUGUUCAGAGUGGGAGACCUACGGAAUUCCCAUAUUGUGGAAGCGUCAAUCCGUGCCAAACUCAUUCGUUCGCAGCAGACGAAGGAGGGCGAGUUCAUCCCGCUCAACCAGACGGACAUAAACAUUGGCUUUGACACAGGAGAUGAUCGACUCUUCCUGGUAUCGCCGCUCAUUAUCUCGCACGAGAUCAACGAGAAGAGUCCGUUCUGGGAAAUGUCCCGUGCACAGAUGGAGAAGGAAGAGUUUGAGAUUGUAGUUAUCUUGGAGGGCAUGGUUGAAGCUACAGGCAUGACCUGUCAGGCACGAAGUUCAUACUUGGAUUCUGAAGUUCUGUGGGGCUACCGCUUCACCCCGGUGCUUUCUCUGGAAAAGGGCUUCUACGAAGUCGACUACAACAACUUUCAUGACAUAUACGAGACCAACACACCAACCUGUAGCGCUAAGGAACUGGCUGCUAAAUUUAAAGAGAGCCCGCUCCUUCCCCACCUCCCGCUUCUCAGCCCUGACCUCAGGCAUCACACGCCGGACCCCUUCUCCGUCCAAGACCCCCCAUCCAUUGCAGACGAGAGGGAGAAGGAUGGAGAGAAUGGUAGAGAGACGAACAAUGGCUCUGCCAACCGUCUGGAAGAGGAUCCGUGAGGGAAAACCUUCCCUGAACAGACUCAGAGACUGCGUAGUAAUUUGUCAGCUUAUUUUUCCUUCGCAUGGAGAGAUUUACUUGCAAUAGCCAUGCAAUACAAUCCCAAAAUUCUCUAGAGAGCCAAGCUGAUGUGUAGAUUAAGGUUAGACGCACAAACAGAUAAGAGAGGAUAUUUAUACUGAACAUACUGUAUUAUUGAUGCCCACACACUCAUUGAAGUACAUGCAUAAUCUAUUUUAGCUUUUUAAAGUUAACCGUGCAAUUUUUCAUCAGUAAACACCCUGUACCUCAAUGACAAAAGAGUAGCCAUAUGCAUUUCAAUCAUCCCGCAAGGGCUUUGUCGCGGCAUACAUACUGUAAGGUUAUACCCCUUAAUCUAACCAUAGCAAAUCAGCUUUAAUAGUAAUCCAAUGCAAAGACUCUUGGGAGGAAUACUGUAUGGAGACAAUAUCAAAGUUAAGCUAAUGCUAGUGUGUUUAACCACAAUGAAGGCCACAGUUUUGGGCUACAGUGUUUGUUUCAUUAAUCUAUUCUCUAUUGUAUGUUUUCGCUGUACUGGUAUUGUAAAGAUCAAUUCCCAUAACUCAUAAUGAGGUACAUUAUUGCAUGUGAUAUGGCUUGCAGAAUUUGAGCCAAAAACAGAAAAUGCACCAGAUAAAAGCACAACCACUGCAGCGGCCGACUUACAGCAUGUUAGCCUGCAGUAAGUACUGUAGUAAAAUACUGGUGACAUGUGAGAGGCAGAUGAUCUGGGUUUAGAAAUGUUGCACAUCUAUGUUGUCUCUAUGAAACAUGCCUACGCUGCAAAUAGUCAUUUUCUCAGUCAGUAUGAUUGUCUUUGUUCUGCAAUAAAAAUAUAUAAACGUCUUUGAAACAAGAUAAAUUAUUCUUGGAAGAAGAAUAUAUUUUAAUUUACAUUUAUUUUUGUUUAUCCUACUGAUUACUUGAAUCAACAACAUUUAUUAGUUAUGUUGCUGCUGCGUUACCAUGCAUAGCAAUUUUACGUGGCGGCAAUUUUGUAUUGAUUCGUACAAUUGGAUUCCUACAGAAACAUACGACCCCACCCCUAACCCCAACAUAACGGGGUGAAACAACAAAAGAGAUUGUACAAAUUGAUACAAAUUAUUCACUUCGUAAAGUAAUUACGUAUUGCCUUGAGAUUGUGUUUGGCUACUGAGCAUUUUUGUAUCAUGGUUUUAAUAUUUUUGACUUGAAAAAAAACACAAUCCAGAUUAAGAAAAAGAUUAUUUGCAGUGCAUGUAAUAAUUUUGUUGACCUGAGUUCAACUUUUUUUCCAGUGGUGAAGCUCUGGACUUGUCUUUGUCACGUUUGAGUUUUGUGUGCAGGUUUAAACCACAUACAUACUGUAAGACUCCCUUUUAAAGCCAGCCCGAAGAACUGUGUUACAAAGCGAGCAUGAACCGGACGGUGGAUACACUUUCUCAACAGGGUAUUUUCUAAGGCAUGCAGACUUCAAAAAUAACAACGCUUUCUACAAAAACUGCAAGAGUAAAUGGUCAGCUGUAAUGAGAGGUCAGCUCCGUUUACAGUGGUGCAGUAUUUUAAAGACUACUUCAUGCUGAGAGUUUAUUUGCAAUUUAGAUGGAGCUCACAAAUCAUUUUCACAGAAUAAUAUUAUAUGCAGGCUAUUUAAAUAAAUAAAACAUAAAUACUCAAAUAUCUGAAUACUGUUUU